AUGAACAUUUCACCUACGCCAAGACGCUACAAUUCCAAGGGUAGUGAUAUCCCAAGAGCUACUGACGAGCAUUUCCAUCCGUUCAACAGAGAUAUACCAAUGAUUCCGUCAGACCGAAUAAUACCAGAGGAGUAUCGUGUAAACUCACAGAUGAUCAACAAGCUUAUCAAACAAAACAAAGACCUGACACUGCAGCUGGAACGCAAGCAAGACGAGAUUGACCGUCUUAACGUCUUGGUAGGAUCCUUGAGAGGAAAGCUCAUCAAAUACACGGAACUAAACAAGAAAUUGAGCCAGAAUAACGCGUCACAGCCACCGGUUUCCAGCAACCAAUCGCCGUAUUUUUCGCCCGAUGACGUUUUGCAGGUAAACAAGGCCCGUGCUAAAGAAUCCUCCACCAGCGACUCGAAGUUAGAGACACGUAUUGGCGAUAUAUACUCGAAGCUUGAUGCUCUGACUAGUUUAAUGACCAGCACGAUCGGCGGCAACGAUAACAGUGCGCCACGUGACUCGCAUGUGACAUCUCGACAGACGCGACCCAGUUCAUCAUCAGCAACUGCCGAUUCCGUGAUACAUCGGUCGCUGCACGCGGCAUCGGAAGACGAGAUUUUGACCCAGGAAAGUGCGGAGCUCAAAUCUCUUGAAAAUCAGAUUGACCUGUUGAAGCGGAAACUUUUGAUCAAACGCGAAAACGAGCUGCGCAAGCUAUCUCUCAACAAGGAGCUCCUGGAUCUCAUGGAUAAAUUGGAUAUGUCGAAGCCCGCCUUAGGAAUGCAAAGCUCGCCCCCGUUGGAGAAUAUCACCAACAUCUCUCCGCAUUGCGACCAAUGCCAUAAAUCUGCCACUCAAACGACUGCGAGCGGCAAACAACAAACGGGAACGAAGGCUACGCACAGCUCUAAUCCACCGUAUAUGUCAAUGGCUCAAGCUCUAGAAACCCCCACCCCAGCUCAACGAAACAUGCACAAGAACAGCGACACACUCUGGUGA